UUUCUGACCAUUGUCACUUCGGUUUGGGUUAGAAUCACUUUCUGUUACAUUUUUAGACAUCCUUACCCAAACCCCAACUCCUGGUGAGAAUAGUUUUAAAAGCGGAAGAAAAACAUGUAAAAACCAAUACAUAGAAGUACAUACUAACCCUAACCCAAACCCCAAAUCUAACCCAAAGUGACAAUGAUUUAAAAAUAGAAAAAAUGAUACAAAAAAGGAAGUCGUGCCACGACAACGAAAAUCUAUUUAUAGAAAUUUUUGCGACUGACAUGAAAAAUACAUUUGUGCUCGAGGCACGUAAAAAAGCUAAAUUUUGGACAAAAAUAAAUUAAUCACAUUUUUUCGUGACUGUAACACGACUUGUCAUGAGAUCAUGUUGUUUUGUUUAUAUAUUCUCCCUUUCGGUCUAAAUUUAGGAAACAUAAUGUCUCAUUUAACUGUUAAGCAGAUGAUCUUUGAUAAUCUGAGUGACAACAUGAUGAGUUUUACACUGUUAUUGUUUCCACCCUCUUCUUCUGGAGCUUUAAAAACCACAGAGGUCAUGUUUGAUUUCAGUCUGUUGUAAUGGGGACCGCUGCAAUGAUUUUUAACCUAAACUCUGUGAGCCUGGCUUUGGUUCUGGGUUUGAUCUUUCUGGUUCUGUUUGAGAUGAUGAGGAUUCAUUUCACCACAGCCCAAAAUCCACCUGGACUCAGACCUUUGCCUUUUGUGGGAACUAUACCUUAUUUUAUAAAAGACCCAAUGGGAUCUAUCAGAUCAAUCAGUCAGUAUGGAGAAUUGUCCAGUGUGUACCCGGGAAGAAAACCAGCGAUAGUCUUGAAUACACUGCAGAUCACAGAGGAAGCCCUGGUCCAAAAGGGUUCAUCGUUUUCUGGAAGACCACCUAGACCUGUUAUAGAAUGGAUAGCCAAAGGACUCGGUAUAAUAAUGGUGACGUACGGUAACUCAUGGAAACAGCAGAGAAGGUUUGCUCUCCACACCCUCAAAAACUUUGGUCUGGGAAAGAAAUCUGUAGAAGAGCGAGUGUUAGAUGAAGCCCAUUAUCUGGUUACUGAGUUGCUCAAAGAUGAAGGAACGGCAUUUGAUCCACGGCACGCCUUACAGAAUGCAGUUUCCAAUAUAAUCUGUUCCAUCAUAUUUGGAGAUCGUUUUGAAUAUGAUAACAAACGCUUUGGAUAUCUUCUGAAGAUCCUCAAUGAGACCAUCUUGAUGAUAGGGUCACCUGUAGGACAGAUAUUCAACUUGGUUCCUUUCAUCAAACACUUUCCUGGACCUCACCAGAAGAUCAAUCGGAAUGCCACUGAGUUACUGGAUUUCAUUCGUGAAGAAGUUAAAGGACACAGACAAACUUUGGAUCCAGAAAACCCACGAGACUUCAUUGAUGCCUACCUGUUAGAGAUUGAGAAACAAAAGUCACAUGAGGACUCAACGUUUCAUGAAGAGAACAUGGUUGUGUCAGCAGCCGAACUCUUCUUCGCUGGAUCUGACACAACGGCGACAACCAUCAGAUGGGGACUCAUCUUCUUGAUGGACAACCAAGAUGUACAAGAGCGAUGUCAUAAGGAGAUUGUUCAGGUGUUGGGUUAUGAUCGUCUGCCCAGCAUGGAUGACCGUGACAAACUUCCAUACACAUACGCCACUGUUCAUGAGAUUCAGCGCUGUGCCAACAUUGUUCCUCUUGGUGUAGUUCAUGCAACCACACAGCCAACCAAACUAAGAGGAUAUGACAUUCCCAAGGGAACUAUCACCAUGACAAACUUAACAGCAAUUUUCAGUGAUAAGGAGCACUGGAAAUGUCCGGACACUUUCAAUCCAGAGAAUUUCUUAAAUGAGAACGGACAUUUCUACAAACCUAAGUCAUUCAUCCCUUUCUCAAUGGGUCUGAGGGUUUGUCUUGGAGAGAUCCUUGCAAGGACAGAGCUUUUCCUUUACAUCGUGUCUCUCCUACAGCGGAUUCAUUUCUCCUGGCCACCAAACUCACAGCGUCCAGACAUGGAUGGUAUCAUGGGUGUGGUGAGAUACCCGCACCCCUUUAAAAUCAUCUGUCGUAGCAGAGAUGCCAAAGACUGACCAUCAGUGAUCUGACCCGACACGACAGAAGAAGAAGAACAUUGAAAUCUGUCUGCAUCUACAUUCAGAAUAAAAGAUACAUCUUGUUGAAGGUCCAGGAUUGAUGUAUUAACUAUUUUUUCCCAAACAUUCAUAUGACAAUAAAGAGUAAAAACACUGCACCAGUGCACAACUGGUGGAGCCAAAACUCAUCUUACAAAACUGUUGUAGAACUGGUUGAGUUAUUGCAUCAUUUGAUUGUGUGAAUUAAAUUACCUUAGUUCAAAUCACAGCUAAAGCUAUAAGUUACUGGGUAAAACCAAUUUAUACAUUGUUAGCUACAGAUCCUUAAAUUCUUGCCUGGCUGUAGGGUGACCACCACCCAACAAACCAAAUAUGUGACCAAAUUUGUGUGGGACAUUACAUUGAAACACUGAAAGAUUAAACUAGA